AUUUCAAUUGUACCGCGUAAUUGUUUUUCCUGUCUGGCAAUAAUAUGGUGGAAACUACCAAGAAGAAAGAUCCAUCACCUUCCACGGUACCGGAAGUAGUGAUAACGGAGCAAAAUAGUGAUAAUGGAGGCUCUCAAACGCCAAUUUCCAGAGAGCCUUCACGUGAGCGCAGUUCCAGAUCAGUGUCUAUCUCUCGAUUGAAAGUUGGUGAUCCUUUACGAAAAGAAAUGAUGUUUGUGCGCGAAAAAUCGCCCUUCGAAAUAGGGCAGGAUCGAGAUGUACAACUUGCUUCCUCAAAGGCUAUCAUAGAUAAAGCCCUUGUGAUGGACGUUUCUGGUGGAAUAACUAAAAUCGACGAGUUUGUAUCGCUGUUCUUCACGGACGAAUGUGUAUUAGAUGGAGCAGUCUGCAAAGAUAUUUCAACAAGAGAAGAAAUUGAAGUGGUUGUUAUAGAGGAAGAAGAUACACCUGAAAUUGUGAUUCAACCGAUAGAAUUAGAAGAAACUCUAGAACAAGUAGAAGAAGAUAUUACAACAGAAACACCGUCAGACGAAAUAGUGAUCCAAGAAGUAUCGGAACCGCAAACGAAAGAAGACGAUCAACCAGCUCAAAAGGAGACUUCAGCUGCGCCAGUAGAAGGAACUGAUCAAGUCAGCACAGCCAUCGAUGCCAAGGACACAGAACAAAGUGAACCACCUAAUGCAGAUUCUUUACCAAAGGAUUCUACCGAACAAGUUUCCGAAGAUGGCGUCAAAGAAGAAAUUUCUGGGGAAACGGGUGAAAAAACUGAAGAUAGCACUGUACCAGCAGUUGAAAAAGCAGAAGAUGCUAUUAAAGAUCAAGCGGAUGAACAACCACAUGAAAAUGAAACGGAAGAAGAAUCCGAAGAGGAAGAAACAUCAGGAGAUGAAGAGCCUUGUAAACAAGUGAUCGACCCAUCUUUGUGGAAAACAUACAAUUCCGACGAUGAUGAUGAAACAGCUUGGUUUUACAAACAUCCGGAAGAGAAAAGUCCAGAACCCACAGAACGACAGAAAGAUGCCGAAUUCAAAAGAGAACGUUUGGCGAAACGCUGCCCAGUGUUUCUGACAAAGCUUACUGAUCGCUCCGUACCCGUUGGAUCAGAAAUCAAAUUACAAUGUUCCAUAGAGGGGUUCGAGUUAGGCUGCAAGUGGAUGAAGGGAGAAAAUGUCGUAGAACGCGGUAAAAAAAUCACUACCUUUGCCGUUGAUGGUUUAUACACAUUAGUAAUUAAAAAAGCCAAGAAAACGGAUGAAGGUGUUUACACGAUUAUAGCGAAAACACGAGGCGGUGAAAUCACCUCCUCGGCGAAUGUUACCGUAUAUGAAGAUAUGAAAGAUAAAGUGGAGUUGCCAACGAUGAUUAAAAUCAGAGAUUAUUUCCAUUUUGGGCUAAACGAUCUUAUCAUAGAAUGUCAAAUUAUGUCAAAACCUAGCUGGGUCAUUCCAGAUGUAAUGUGGCUUAAGGGUGAGGAUCCCAUUACUUUAGACAAUCGAAUACGAGCAAGCUACGAAGGUAACGAAAUAUUUCAACUAAGCAUAUAUGCGCCAACCCCAGAGGAUAGCGGUAUUUACACUUGUUUGGCUAAAAAUUCCGCUGGAGUGAACAGUAUACAACAUGAGGUAGAGUUUACCGAAAAACUUCUCUACGCGCAUGUUCCUCUUAUUCGUCAUGCCGAUAAGAAACUGCUUACGGAAGAAGAGUUACUGGAGAAACAAAAACAAGAAGCUAAAUUGGCGGAAGAAAGGGCAGCUGCUCGAGCUUCAGCAAAACCUCAACCUGCUCCGGAACCUUACGUAGAGGAGUCAUACAUAAUUCGAGACUCCAAAAAUAAGCUCCUCUGGGCCGGUCAGUUGAACAAUAUAACAGCGCAAAAAGGACAAACCGUGAAAAUGAUCUGCUCAGUGAAAGGAGAACAAGCGGUUUUGAAAUGGCAAAAAAAUGAAAAGGCUAUCGAUUACACCGAUCGAAUAAAGUUACUGAACAGUGGAGUUAUAGGGCAAAUCGUCAUCAACGAUGUGCAGCCAAAAGAUGCCGGCACUUACGUGUGCUCUGCCAAAAACAACUACAAUGAAAUUGUCACUCAAUGCGUACUGAAAGUAAUUGAACUGGCCACGGAUAAAACAUUGCCCCCACUGUUCACUAAGGCUAUCAAAGAAUACUAUGACAACCGUACAUGCGAUCUAGUAUUAGAGACUCAAGUAAGCGGAGAUCCUGUUCCAGAGAUUCAGUGGUAUAAAAAUGACGAGAAAAUAGCGUACGACGAUAAGCUCAUGUUGAGUCGUGAACCGAAUGGAAAGUAUCUACUGCGCAUUCAUAAGCCGCAAAUCGAUGAUUGUGGUUCUUACGAAUGUCGUGCUAAAAAUAAGCAUGGCGAGGCGAAAGUGAAACACGAAGUCAGUUUCAACUCGAAUGAACAGUUUGUUCAUGCUCGUCGUGUCGAACACGUUGAUCGAUUUAAAAGACAGCAUGAUGAUGAAUCGACGGUCAGUUCCGCACCGCAAGUAGUACAAACUGAACAACAAGAAACAAAACCCGUAGCCGCAGUAGUCGCUGAACCAAUAGAUGCUACCAAACCGUCUGAAAUUACUGAAGCUACCGAAGUAAGUGAAGAAAAGGGAGAUCAAUCCACACAGGAAAAGCCUGUAGAAAAACCAGCAGAAGCGCCAAAACCCAAACCCAAACCAAAAGCAAUGCCUAGACGUCGGUUCGAAGAAGGUCCGUCAGAGCCGUUUAUAAUAAGAGAUUCCAAGAAAAAGCUCACAUGGGAAGCUAAGCUGAAAAGCGUUGUCGUGCAGGAAGGAAAUCCGGUAAAGAUUAUGUGUUUGGUUGCUGGGCCUACACCGCAAUUCAAAUGGACCAAAAACGGAAAACCGAUAACUUUCACUAAGGAGGUGGUCAAUGCAUCGAAAAAUGAAACUGGCUGUGUGAAAAUUGCGAAAGCUAGUUUAGCCGAUGCCGGAGAGUACACUGUUAUAGCUAACAAUCCCGAUAGUGUUAUCGAAUGCUCUUGCACAGUGACAGUGUAUCCUUCUUCAAAUCUUGAAGCUCAAAGUGCCCCAAUGUUUUCCAGAGUAGCAGAUUAUUAUGAUAUACGAACAAACGACUUGAUAUUGGAAGUUCAUGUACGCGGGAAUCCCAUGCCGUGCCUCACUUGGGAAAGAGAUGGCCGAGAAUUCCAGAACGGCAUGGAUCGGGUAAUAAUAGCUCGCGAGAAGGAUGGUGUUUAUAAGCUGAGUAUUCACGAUCCCGGUAAGCUAGAUGGAGGCCACUGGGUUAUAACUGCUGUCAAUGAUGUUGGUGAAGAAAAGUUGAAGCAUCAUGUUAUAUUCAAAGGGAAGGAGCACUAUCAGCAUGUCGCUGGUAUAUAUCAUGCUGAUCCCAAACUAGCUCGAGAUGAAAAUGAGGAAAUUGUGUUACCGGGAAGAUCAAGAACGACUUCGCGAGCAACUUCCGUAUUGGCACCAAAAGAAGUAUCUACGCCCAUCACCCAAGAUGCGCUCAAUGCAGCACUAGCAGAAAAACCCAUUCACGUUGAACAUGCACAUGAUCAAGCACAGGAACAAGCGGAAGACAAGGCAACGAAAAAACCUUCUAAACAUAAAAGAGAGUGGCGCCAAAAGUUAGAUACUCUUUACAGUAUGGAUCGAACGCCUAUUAAGGAAGAACCGCUUAAGCAUAAAAAAAUUGAGGCCACUCAAAAACUGUCAUUUGAUGCGCAGCUCAAAAAUAUGACAGUCCAAGAGGGCAACCAGGUAAAACUAAUCUGUUCCUGUGUAGGACCAUCUCCUACAUUAAAAUGGUUUAAGAAUAACACACCUCUAGCAUUUACAAACAAAGUUAAAAACGAAACCAAACUAGGUGUGGGAACAAUCACGUUUUUAUCGGCAGAAGUCAGCGACACGGGAACAUACAAAUGUGUGGCGAACAACAGUUUUGGUGAAGUAGAUACCAGCUGUCUGCUUACUGUCUUUUCGACUCCUAGUAGUCAGUAUGAGCCACCAACUUUUGUUCGGAAUGUGCGAGAAUACUACAACGGACAAGUGAAUGAUCUGAUCCUAGAGGUACAAGUAAGGGGAAAUCCACAACCAACUGUGAAAUGGUUUAGGGACGGCAUUCAACUUGAAGAUUUAGAGGGAGAAAAACUAUUUACAUUAAGAGAACCGGAUGGAAUCCAUAAACUAACUAUUCACGAUCCUCAGCGGAAAGAUGAAGGAAGAUUUGUUUGUGAAGCCGAAAACGUAGCUGGAAAGGAAUCAAUUAGGCAUACAGUUAGUAACUUGAACAAAGAAGACUACACUCAUGUUUAUGGUAUCGCAUAUCAUGAUCCAAAUGUUAUGAAGCAUGGUCACUAUGAAGAAGAAGUAAAACAAGAGGUUGAAAGAGAGCAUAAAGAGGUUGUAUUUCUCGAAGACGGAACGUAUUACGUUCGUGGGCAAACUCCAGAGCAGUAUUGGGAAUGGGAAACUGAUACUACUGCCGAAAGCGAGUAUGAACCAUACGUACCGGGAGAGGAUCCGGAGGAAGUUGAAAAUGCAGAUAUUCCUGUAGAAACAUCCAGCGAAACUGUUAACGAAGACGAAGAAGGAGAAGCAGGAGAAACAACUUCAGUGACGUCAAAGUCUGCCAUCAAAGAACAAGAAGCCGAAGAUGCUGAAGACGAAGAUGAAGAUGAUGAAGAAGAUGAGGACGAAGAGAAAGAAGAAGUGCCUGAGCCAGUUGUUGUGAAACGAGGCAAAAAAAUAAAAAAAAUGAGAAAGAAGGUAACAAAAAGAGAACCACAGCCAGAAAUUUCUACAGACCAAACAGCUGUAGCUAAAGCUAAAGAAAUAGUAACACCACCAAAACCUGAAGUAACCGAACUGCAGAAGGCUUCAGACUCAGAGAAAGAUAAAAUCCGUAAAGAAAAAUAUUUGAAGUUAUUCCCUGAAUUCGUUCAAGGUAUUUCAAAGGCCGAUGAGCUGAGAAAUGCUCUUAGGUUCGCAACUGAAUUCAGAGAUGUUCAAGUGUUAGAGGGAAAACCUGCAAAGUUAUUUUUCACAGUAUUGGGUCCAAAGCCCGAUAUAAAAUGGUUCAAGAAUGGCGAACCUAUGGAGUUUACUAAAUCUAUAAAAAAUCUGUCAGGGGAAGGGUCAGGUAUAGUAGCCUUUAGCAGCGUAGCUCCAGAAGAUGAAGGUACUUACAGGGCAGUUGUGAAAAAUAAAUUCUGUUCGAUAGAAGCUGAAGCAAAACUUUCUAUUCUGUAUAAACCAAAACCGGUGAAAGGAAAUCCUCCCAUGUUCCUAACUGGAAUUGAGGAAAAGUAUGAUUUCCGUGUAGAUGAUCUCAUGCUAGAAACCACGAUCAAAAGUGAUGGAUUAGUACGUGUACAAUGGUUUAUGGAUGGUAUUGAAAUUCCCAACAAUGACAAAUAUUUACAAAUUCGAGAACCAAGAGGAUUGCAUAAACUUUGCAUUCAUAAUCCGCAAAUUAGGGAUAGCGGACGAUAUAUGAUACAAGCUACCAACGAUCACGGUUCAACGGAACUACGAUAUCAUUUGAAGUAUGAAGGUAAAAAAGAUAAACCUUCUUAUGGCAUUUUCCAUGCCGAUCCCCGAAAACAAUAUGAAGACGACAAAGAAAAACCAGAGCCUCGGAAACAUCGUGAAGUCGUAUUUUUCGACGAUGGUUCGUAUUAUGUUAGAGGUAUGACUCCCGAACAAUACUGGGAAUGGGAAACAGACACAAGCGCAGAAAGUGAAUAUGAGGAAUAUGUCUCGGAAGGUGAACCAGAGAAAGAAGCAUCAGAAGGCCAUCCAGAAUCAGAAACAAAAGAGGCUGCUGGAGAACAUGAAGAUGAAGAAGAGGAGGAUGAUCCAUGGGCUGUCAAAGAAACUAAAGAAGAUGAAGAAGCCGACGAGGAGAAUGCCGACGAAGAGCAAAUAGAAGAGCCUGAACUACCUAAGGUUGUUAAACGCGGUCCAAAGAUUAAAAAAAUGCGCAAAAAGAUUACCAAACCAACCAUUGAAGAAGAAGAACCAAUCGUUCAACCCAAAGUGCCAGUGAGGCAAAGAGAAAGAGUUGGACCUGAUGGGAAACCCAAACUAAGGUUAAGUCAGAUGAUAUCCUCUGGACAGCCAUUAGAACCUCCAGGUGCCCCCAAGCCCAAGAGACGCCCUAUCGAAGUUGAAUUCAUUACGCGAUUGAAAAAUCAAACAGUUCUUAAAGGUAAUAUAGUGAGCUUGAACUGUUGCUGUUCUGAUAACCAAAAAAUAGAAGUAACAUGGUAUAAAAACGGUGAAAAGUUCGAAAUGAACCGCCGAUGUGUAAGUGACGUCCACUUUGGAUUCAUCACGCUAGAAAUUUAUCGUGCGGACGUCGAUGAUUCGGGAGAUUACGAAUGUCAUGUCAAAACCAAAAACGGAGAAGCAAAGGAUUCCUGUAAAAUCACUGUUUUUGAACUUCCGGAUAAACGGGAAGUGCAGCUUGUACCGCCAACUUUAUUGUGUCCAAUAACUGAAACAUAUCAUCCUGCUACCAACGACCUUUACCUAGAAACUCGUAUAAGAGCAAAUCCCGUCCCCAAAAUAUCAUGGGUUUACGACACAGUGUUUCCAAUCAAAACGGACAAUAAAUAUGAAAUUUUCAAUCAACAUUAUUACGAACUCGGCACAAGAAUUACGAACGUAGCGCUCAUUAUCAAUGAUCCGCAAUUGAGGGAUAGUGGCAAAUAUACCCUCACUAUUGAAAACGAAGUCGACAAACUAGUUAUUAACAGGCCGGUCAAGAUUGAUUUACGACCAGAAACGCACAAGAAAAAACGCAUGGAUGACAUUGUUAUCGAAAACGAAGCACCACGAGUCAUACCUAAGCCACCAUCACCAGAACCAGAACCUGUCCCCGAAGAACCUCAACCAGUACUUGAAACAGAAGGCGAAGAGAAUCUCGAUGCGACCAAAGAAGACGGAGGAGCGGAAGAAGAAGAUGAAGACGACGAUCCAUGGGCCGUGUAAUAUCGUUAAAGUAUUCUUUUCUAAGGUAGCUGAUCAUUCAUGAAUAGUAAAUACUUACUGUUAAACAUCGCAUCGAUGAAAAAAAAUUCAAAAAAUAAAUUUAUGCAUAAAAAUUAUCAAAAAAUAAACAUGAUUCGGUGUUUGAUUAUUUUGAUUUUCAGCUGAUGACUUCGGUUAUAUCCGGAACAAAUAUUUGGGAUUAUUUGAUCGGGUUAACAUUGGCAGAACUAGCAAGCUAAAAAAUAAAUUAAAACACAAACAAUAUGUGUAGAACUUUAAAUUUGGUUUCUCGCUUUAGUAAUAAUUAUUUAAAUAAUACAUUUACAGUCGGUGAUUAAAGUUAGUACAAAGAAAAAUUGUCACUAUAAUUAAGCUUUUUUGCUUUAUGUAUUGGACACAGACUGAUCCUUUUUAAGUCAAUUGCCUUCUGAGCCGAUAUCUGAGCUCAAGCCCAAGAGUAAACAUCGAAUACAGUUGUGCCGGAUAAGUUUUUCAAUAACUGUUCAACUGCAUCGUUGAUAAAAGUCGCGAAUUGCAUUGAGAUGUUAAAUUGCUAUAGUCGAAACAAAAAAACAAGAUUCUAAAAGGAAACAAGUCAAAAUUUAUUAUCGACUCUGUA